CUGUGAGUGGCGCAGGUAGUCACGUGACUCUCCAGGCACCAAAAAUAAUCGUAACCCAUUUUUGUGUGUGAAAUAAGCAGGGACUUAGCAUGGCACACAACAAGAUACCACCCAGGUGGCUUAACUGUCCCCGGAGGGGGCAGCCUGUGGCAGCAAAAUUUUUACCUCUGAAAACUAUGUUAGGACCAAAAUAUGAUGAUCAGGUUCCUGAGGAGAAUCGUUUCCAUCCCAGCAUGCUCUCCAACUACUUGAAAAGCCUAAAGGUUAAAAUGGGGCUGUUAGUAGAUCUGACCAACACAACUAGGUUCUAUGAUCGAAAUGAUAUUGAAAAAGAAGGUAUCAAGUACAUCAAACUUCAGUGCAAAGGACAUGGUGAAUGUCCGUCACAGGAAAAUACAGACACAUUUCUUCGUCUUUGUGAACGUUUUAUUGACCGAAAUCCUACUGAACUCAUAGGUGUCCACUGCACUCAUGGCUUUAACCGAACUGGUUUCCUCAUCUGUGCCUUUUUAGUUGAGAAAAUGGAUUGGAGCAUUGAGGCUGCAGUAGCCACAUUUGCACAGGCCAGGCCUCCAGGUAUUUAUAAAGCAGAUUACCUCAAGGAGCUGUUCCAUCGUUAUGGAGACAUUGAAGAUGCACCUAAGCCUCCUGAGCUCCCAGAUUGGUGCUUUGAGGAAGAGGAUGUAGAUGACGAUGGGAACAAAGUAUUUCAGGAAGCAGAGGCAGGGUCCUCGGGAGCCGCUUAUAACAGAAGAAAAAAGGAACGUUUAAAAUUGGGUGCAAUAUUUUUGGAGGGAGUGACAGUGAAACAUGUUAAUCAAAUAACAACAGAACCAAAGCUUGGUGAGAUACAGCGGAAAUGUCAGCAGUUUUGUUCUUGGAGAGGAUCUGGGUUCCCUGGAGCACAGCCUGUAUCUAUGGACAGAAGCAAUAUGAAGUUUUUGGAGCAGAAGGCGUAUAAAGUAAGCUGGAAAGCAGAUGGUACCCGGUAUAUGAUGAUAAUUGAUGGCAAAAAUGAAGUAUAUAUGAUUGAUCGGGAUAAUUCUGUAUUUCAUGUUACUAAUCUUGAAUUCCCAUUCAGAAAAGAUCUUCAGCAUCACUUGGCCAACACUCUUUUGGAUGGGGAAAUGAUCAUUGACAAAGUUAACGGACAAGUUGUACCUCGUUAUUUGAUAUACGACAUCAUCAAAUUUAAUGGACAACCUGUUGGAGACUGUGACUUUAAUAUUCGACUAUCCUGCAUUGAAAAAGAGAUCAUCUCUCCUAGACAUGAAAAAAUGAAAACCGGUCUCAUAGACAAAGCAAAAGAGCCUUUUAGUGUUCGGAACAAACCAUUUUUUGACAUCCAUGCUGCAAGAAAGCUACUUGAAGGAAGUUUUGCUCGGGAAGUCAGCCAUGAAGUCGAUGGACUAAUUUUUCAGCCAAUAGGAAAAUAUAAGGCUGGCAGGUGUGAUGAUAUCUUGAAAUGGAAACCACCUAACUUGAAUUCUGUGGACUUCUUGCUAAAGAUAACAAAAGUUGGGGGUGAAGGGCUCCUGACACGAAACGUUGGUCUUCUGUAUGUUGGAAAAUAUGACUGUCCUUUUUCUGAAAUAAAGGUAACAAAAGAUCUAAAACAAUAUGAGAACAAAAUCAUUGAGUGUAAGUUCGAGAACAACAGAUGGGUUUUCAUGCGACAAAGAGUUGAUAAAAGUUUUCCAAAUUCUUAUGACACGGCUCUGGCUGUGUGCAAUAGUAUCCGAAAUCCCGUAACUAAGGAAAUCCUGUUUGAAUUAAUUGAUAGAUGCACAGCAGGGAUUCAGAGGCAGAGUCGAAAAAACCCAUUGGAUCCAGAUGCUGAGCUCAUGCCGCCACCUCCCCCGAAAAUACCACGCUAGUUAACUGAAAAAUGACAUUUCUUUUAAGCAGAGAGGAAUUGCUCAAACCUGGCAGGAUGGGGAAACUGCAAAGCAUGAUCCCAUAUUAUUAAUUUGUGAAUUAUAACAGAAAAAGACAGCAUUUUGCACACUGACGAAUUCUAUUAAGCUCUCUUGUUAAUACAAAUCUGACUUCUUCCCAAGAGAGGAAUAUUUUUCUGACCUUGGAUUUAUCUGAAAUUUUAGAGAACCCAGUAGGUGCUUUAGGGGAUGCUUCAGUGCGCACCACAGAAUCAUAGCACAUCCAAUUCUUCUUCUUUUUUCCUACAGAUAUGCUGAUCUUGAAACAAAAGUUACAUUUUCCUCUUAUUUUGUCUUCUCCUUUUUUAUUAUUUAAUAGAUCCUUGUUAAGCUUUAAUUUAAAAAUACUUUUCUUAAGACAUUGUUUGAACAAGAUAACUCCUAUAUAUAUUGUUUGAACUGUAUAGUUUCACCUUUGUCAAGUUUCACUCAUUUUAAAUCCAAAUUCAAAUUUUGACAUAUUAAAAAAGUGAAACUUUAUUUUUGUACUUUGUAUAUUUUCAGUGAUUAUCUGUGCUGAUCUAGUAUGAUGGAUGAACCUUGUGUGUAAAAGUCACAUUUUGUGUUAAUGGAUUGUUUUCAUUAAACAGAGUUUUACAUCUUCUUGACCUAUUGUAAUAUAAACAGACAGUCUGCGACAUAUGUGUAAAUGCUGAAAUGAAUAAUAGUCGGGGUCUCUGCUCUUGCUAGCCAUUCAUUUUACUUUACAAUAACUUUUAUUUCUCCUAAUAACCAUAAGUAAACAUUUCUUGCCACUGUCAUAGUCUUAGCCUCUGGCCUUAUCUAUUUCAAAUUUAUGGUACAGAGAUGGAAAAUUAUCAUUUGGCCAGCAGAAUUGUGAGUGCUUUUUCCAUCCAUACAUAUGUUAUUUUGUUAGACUGUAAAGCAGGUUUUUUUUUUUUUGUUUUUGCAACAUAACACUUGCUUUUUAAAAGAUGUGAGAAGGGCAAAGUUGUGGAAUGAAUUCAGUUAACUGGUUCUACUAGCACAUAUAAAUAUUAUUAAACCUCUGCAGUGUGAUAAUUUGUAGCCAGAAAAUGUUUAUUUCAUCAGUUUGUAUAAUGCUUCAGAUUAAGGUUGUUCACCAACUGUAUGUUAAAGUAUUAUUGGAUAAGUUUACUGUAUCUAAAUAUGUUUGUCUGAACAUUUAUGGAAGCAGUAACGUGGUCAUGUGCUCACAUCACAACUAUGGAGUACAAAGGCCAUUGAGUCUUCUCCUGCUCUGAUGUUCUGCCUUACCCAUUUUGCCACCUAACAUUACCCACCACCUACCUGAACCAGCUAACUAUUAGCAGCUACUAACUAUCAAAACACUUGUGAUACCUAUUCCCUUGCCUUACCCAUCAAUUUAAUAAAAUAUCUCAGACCUGGUGAA